AUGGAUUCCCAGCAACAAGUCCCUAACAAUGGGCCGCUCCUGAACGGAUCUGUAUGGACCCUAGUAGUGAUGUCCUUGGUUUUCCUUGCCUUGCGCUUAUGGUGCAAGUAUCUGAGUCACCGAGGACUAUGGUGGGAUGAUCACAUCCUGAUUAUAUCAUGGGUUGUGAUGCUAGUCAGCAGCAGCAUGAUCAGCAACAGCGUUGCGUUGGGCUUCGGGAUGCACGCACCCGACAUCAUCGCUAAGAACCACGGACCCCAGGUUCUUCCCGAGAUCGCUUUCAGGGGCGCCAUCCAGGGUAUGCUCCUGGUACUGGGCAAUGUCUGGAGCAAGACCUCGUUUGCCGUCACGCUGCUUCGGAUCACCGACGGCAAACUCAAAGCCCUCGUAUGGGUCAUAAUCAUCACGAUGAACGUGUUCAUGAUCGUCGGUGGCCUGCUCAACUUUGCCCAGUGCACGCCUGCCGAGAAGGUUUGGAAACCAGACACCCCCGGAACAUGCUGGUCACCUGGUGUCUAUGUCGGAUUCUCCAUCUUCGCCGGUGCAUAUUCGGCCUUGAUGGACAUUGGCUUAGCAAUGCUGCCUUGGGCUGUGAUCCUGAAACUGCAGAUGAAGACAAAGGAGAAGAUAGGGGUGGCGGUGGCAAUGAGCAUGGGAGUCUUCGCAGCCAUUACCUCGAUAUUGAAAUGUACUUAUAUCGUGACAUUGGAGGGCAAUGACUUCCUCUACGAGGGCGUCCACCUACUCAUCUGGAGCACAGCCGAGACGGCCACAACCAUCAUCGCAGCAUCGAUUCCCGUCCUCCGAGUGCUUUUUCUCGAGAUGCGGUCCUCGAACGGCCGGUACUACGAACAUUCGUCGGCCAACGGCACAAAGAAACCUCGACAGGGUAGAACGGGCAACAAUACCGUGACUGUUACCGCCACAGGCCGGCCGCGGACGACCCAAUUCUCCAAGGAUGAUGACAGCGACAGGAGUAUACUGCACGGGACUGGUAUUGGGAAGAUCACCAAGACGGACGAGGUCCGCAUACACUUCCAUGAUCGAAGUGAUGCCGAGAGCGAGGGGAUCGAACUGGAUACGAUGGCCUCUCGCGCGGACCCGUAG